AUGGCAAAUCUUCUCAGAUGCCAACAGAAGAAGAAAUCAGUACGAACUCGUAAUGGGAAGAGAGUUGUAAAGCCGUCAAAGCAGAUGGAUAUUGUUGAUCAUCAUGCCACUGGAAUUCAAUUCCAAGACGAUAUAAUUAUGGAAAUCCUCAUCAGGUUACCCGUGAAGUCUCUUCUUCAGUUCAAAUGUGUUUCAAAAUCUUGGCAGGCAUUAAUCUCUGAUCCUUACUUUAAGAUGAAGCAUCUCAAUCAUGCCAAGAAUAACCACAAACUUCUUGUUUGCCAGUCAUCGCUUGAUAGGGGUGAUAUGGAACGUACCAUCAAGUUUAGCUUCUAUGUUUCUCCUUUAUCGAAUAUACAAGAAUUCGGUUGUCUUUCAAAGUAUGUACAAGAACUCGAUUUCCCUUCAACCUACAAACCAUUUGAGUGCCACUUAUUUUGUUGUUUAAGUGGGUUGGCUGUUCUCGGAUUUGUUAGUAAAUUUGAUCAACUUUUUUUGUGGAACCCCUCCACAAGAGAGUCGACACUUCUUCCCCAUUUAGAAUUUACACGACUGCGUACUAUGUUUGGAUUGGGAUAUGACGCAAUGAGUGAUGGGUACAAGAUCCUUAAGUUGGAUGUGCAUCGAGUUGAUCAACCAUUUGUUGAAAUUCUCUCGCUAAAAAGUGGUUCUUGGAGAAAAAUUUGUUACUAUCCAACUGCCAUUUGCCCUAGGUUGGGACAGAAAAAUGUGAUAUAUCCUUGCCAAAAUUGCGGUCUGUGUGUGGAUACUAUGGUAUUUGUUCAUGGAGCAUUUCAUUGGCUCGGUAAAACAAUAUCAAGAACUUAUCAUUUGGCUUCAUUUAGUUCUUCAAAUGAGGUGUAUGGAGAGAUACCUUUGCUAGAGCAAAUACACAUAACUAAUGAAGAUGUGUUGUCUAAUUAUGGCCUUUCAUUAGUGGAAGAAAUGGUUUGCGUUUCUUCUACUCAUAAACAUCAAGGAUGGGGCACUUUUAAGUUGUGGGUAAUGAAAGACUAUGGUGUCAAAGAAUCUUGGACUGUAUUAUUUACCAUACGACUCAGCGAUAUUGUAUAUGCCAAAUUGAAAUAUAGAUUUGCAAAUGGUGAAGUGCUACUAUAUUUAUUUGAGACUUUAGCAAAUGCACCUUGGAGCAAAACCGUAUGA